AUGAAUAGGACAUUGGAGCUUUGGUGCAAGGUUUCACUUAUCAAUGGAAUUGUCAUGGGUGGAGGUGCUGGACUGUCCAUGAACUCAAUGUUUCGAGUUGUCACUGAGAACACUGUAUUUGCAAUGCCAGAAGGACAAAUAGGACUCUUCCCUGAUGUCGGUGCAUCAUAUUUCCUUUCUAGGCUCUCGGGAUCUUUUGGAGAAUAUUUAGGACUCACUGGUGCACGGCUGGAUGGAAGCGAAAUGUUGGCUUGUGGCCUUGCAUCCCAUUUUGUCCUCUCAAAUGAUCUUCUUUUGCUGGAAAAUGCGCUAUCGGAGGUGGCUUCUUCAGAUGCAUUAACCAUUUCUAGGGUCAUCAGUGGAUUCUCAAGCAAAAUAUCCUUAAAGAAAGAUAGUGCCUUCAGGAGAUUGGAGACCAUCAACAAAUGUUUCUCAAAGGGAACAGUCGAAGAAAUACUAUCAACACUGGAAAAUGAGGUUGUAAAUGGAGACAACAAGUGGAUAGUCCAUGCAAUAAGUUCUAUGAAGUCGGCUUCUCCAACAAGCCUUAAAAUUUUUCUUAAAUUGAUUAGAGAAGGGCGGACAAAAGAACUUAAAGACUGUCUAAUCCAGGACUAUACCAUCGUUUGUCACCUGAUUCGAAGAACAUUCAAUAUGGAUUUCAUUGAGGGUUCAAGGGCAAAGUUAUUUGAGAAAGACAAACAGCCUAAGUGGGAGCCUUCAAAACUGGAGCUGGUUAGUGAUGAAAUGGUGGAUCAGUAUUUCCAAAAAGUUGAUGAUGCUGAUUGGGAAUACCUACAACUUCCUGAAAGAGCAAAUAUUGCCAAAAUAUGGCAAUCAAAACUCUAGCUGGAUUGUGAAAGAUGAUUAAGGAAUAUA